AUAAAUCUUAGUGCUGAUCUGGAUGGACCCUUGUAAUAACUGAUCCUGGUGCCGCAUCAGCUGGCAAGGAGGAGCUGCCUGAACACCUGAGUUGGCCGUCUGCAUGGUGGUAGAAGGGCGAGGCAGUCAGAGCCGAGGUUCUCAGUUCCAGUACAUCAUGGUUCAGAAGAAAGGAACUAAGCAGAAUAUAGGUGUGAUCCAGCUCAACCGCCCCAAGGCCUUAAAUGCCCUCUGUGAUGGUUUGAUGAAUGAGAUGAAGGUGGCCCUGGACUUGUUUGAGAAUGACCCUCAAGUGGGAGCCAUUGUCAUCACAGGAAAUGAGAAAGCCUUUGCAGCUGGAGCAGAUAUAAAAGAAAUGCAGAACAGCACCUUUCAGGAAUGUUAUAGGAGCAACUUCCUCGCUGGUUGGAACAGUGUCUCUACAGUCAGAAAGCCAGUCAUAGCGGCUGUUAAUGGUUAUGCUCUGGGUGGUGGCUGUGAGUUGGCCAUGAUGUGCGAUAUCAUUUAUGCUGGUGAGAAGGCACAGUUUGGACAACCAGAAAUCUUGCUGGGAACCAUUCCAGGAGCUGGCGGGACUCAACGACUCACGAGAGCAGUGGGCAAAUCGUUAGCUAUGGAAAUGGUCCUCACUGGGGACAGAAUUUCUGCUCAGGAAGCUAAAGAGGCAGGUAUGGGCACAAGUGUCUGCCUUCUAAUUGGGCCCUUUUCAGGUGGCCCUAUAUGGGAAGAGAUGGAGGCAGAAUCCUUUCUGCAGUAGGAGAGAGGAGGCGAU